GUAAGUGCGUGUGUAUUGAUGGUAAAUCCUCCCCCUCCCCCUGAAGCUUCAAAAGAUACAAUUAUUUGAUUAUUCUCACCAUCUAUGAAUAGAAACCAAUUACGGCUCGUUUAGUUAUGGAAAAACUUGUCAUUGGAUCUGUUAAGCUUUCACUCGUGAAAACUGUCGACCAGGCCGUGGGUAAACUUCGUUCAUCCUGAGAGCAACGAAGGUUACUUGUUAUACAGACACUUACUUUGUUUUAUAAGUGAUUACUGUACAGUACUUCUUUUUCUAUCUACAUACACGUCUUUUACCUGUAUGUGAUGAAAGGUCGUCAAUAGCAAGUUAAAGCAAAAAUAUUUAUGAUGCAUGUACAACUAGUAGCAUCGCUAUCUGGACAUGCAGAUUCGGUGUGGUGUUGCGUAUGGAGUCCUGAUGGACGCACUCUAGCUACCUGUGGGACUGACAAAGCUAUUCGAUUAUGGAGCAACCCAGCAUUAGAGAAGGGUCAAGAUCAAAAAGAAGAUGCUCGCACAACUGAUGGAGGGUGGAAAUGUGUUACGAUUUUAAGUGAUGGUCAUUCACGUACGGUACGUCGGGUCGCCUGGAGUCCCUGUGGCCAAAUGCUCGCCUCUUGUAGUUUUGAUGGCACCGUAUGCAUAUGGACGCUUAAGGAAGGCGAGUUCGAGUGCACUAUUACGCUGGAGGGUCAUGAGAACGAGGUAAAAGCGGUGGAAUUUUCGUCAUCGGGACGGUACCUAGCUACGUGUUCACGCGAUAAGACCGUAUGGAUUUGGGAGCGGGACACCAAUAGCGAUGACGAGUAUGAAUGCGUUAGCGUCCAGUCGUGUCACACUCAGGAUGUCAAAUGUGUUCGAUGGCAUCCUUCCGAAGAUUUACUAGCCUCAGCGAGUUACGAUAAUUCGAUCAACUUUUAUAGGGACGAAGGAGAUGACUGGGUCUGUGAGUUUACGGCUGCUAGCCACGAUUCAACGGUAUGGAGCAUCGAUUUUAAUAGGGAUGGCAGUAGGCUCGUGAGCGGCAGCGACGACCGCACAGUGCGGAUCUGGAAGCGAUACGAAACCGAGAAUAAUGUCGGAGUAGCGCCCUCGUGGAAAGUGAUUUCCACGAUCCAAGGCUUCCACCCUCGACCGAUCUAUACUGUAUCGUGGUGCCCAAACACCGGCUUAAUCGCCACUGGUUGCGGAGACAACAAUGUUCGCAUUUUCGCCCCUGACCCGGAGCAGAUUUCUUGCGAGACUGACGAUGCACCAAACUUCUUGCAAGCUGCGUUAAUUCAGGCGCACACACAGGAUGUCAACUGCGUUGCAUGGAACCCCAAGCGAAACGGAUUGCUGGCAACUUCCGGCGAUGAUGAAACAAUCAAGUUAUGGCAGAUAUCUGAUUACGAUAUCCGUAUAUAAAUACUGCAUAAUAUUACCAAUCAAGAUUAGUUAUCAAUCGGUUUAAAAAUGCAGUGUACUUAAUAGUUUUGGCAGGCGUGUGAAUCAUUGCAAGUAGUAGAUUUACGAUGGUUACGUCAGAGUGGGACUAUUGGAAGCAUGUUUUCUGAUGAUUUAUGUUGGGUGUGUGAAGUCGCCCAAAUCGUGCCUACCACAAAAUUUUAUCUUAUAACGACGUCAUGUUAUUAUCAUUCGUGGUAAAUCAGCUCGAGCCCUUGGCUCUACUCUGUUAAUGCUCGACAUAAUUUAGUAAAAAACAAAAAUAUAUUUAUUUCAAACAAAAACCCUAAUAACAUGUAGCUGUCAUUAUUUUCUGUCGAUAACAUAAUAAAAAGCAAUGAAUCGUAUUCGUGGUCCCUGAA